UCUGCAGCACUGAAGUUCACAGACAAACACGAGUGGGUUCGCGUGGACAGUGGUGUGGCAACAGUGGGCAUCAGUAAUUUUGCACAGGAGGCACUGGGGGACGUGGUCUACUGUGGGCUCCCUGAAGUUGGUACAAAGUUAUCACAGUCUGAUGAAUUUGGUGCUCUGGAGAGUGUUAAAGCAGCGAGUGAGUUGUACUCUCCUCUGACGGGGGAGGUGACAGAUGUCAAUGACGCCUUGGCAGACAACCCAGGACUGGUCAACAAAUCUUGCUAUAAAGACGGUGAGACAUUACUUCAAACUCUUUUGGACUCAAACUGGCCUGGAAUA